GAGUUCAUAAUAGUUGUUUGUUAUGUAACGAAUAAAAGUAUUUUGAAUCAUUACCAAAGAAGGGUACAAUCUUGCUUUGAAACUUUGCAUUCAAUUGUGAGACCACGUCUCAAGCCUUCAAAACGUGUCCCCAUUAAACAAAGUCUGGAAGUUUUCAACUCGCCAAUUUCUAAAUGUCUUUCCGUAUCAUCAUGGGGAUCG